AUAUUGAAUGCAUUUGUCUAUUCUAGAACCAUCCUUGAACUACAAACUUGGAACUCAUGGACAGAAAACUCCAGAAAAGACUGAACAUAUUAAACCUGAAGCUCCAAAAGAAGAGAACAUGAAGUAUGUAGUCAAGGGUGAUUUGCUGCACAGUCACAGAAACCUAAACCCAGAGCUAUCAGUACCACAUGCUGAGCACAGGGAUGAGCCUCAGACCACUAGAAAACAACGAGGAAGUGGUAGUGAGCAUCAAGUGAAAAAUAGCCUAAAAAGCAUCAAUUUCCUUUUGCUGCACAGUAAACCAGAUUUAGCUUCUGAUAACCAGAACAGCUACUCUGGAAGUAGCAGGAGAAAACAGUCCAGCUCUGAGCAUUCUGAGUUAAGGACACAUGAGAAACACAGCAACACAGCCAAUCUACAUGUUCUGGGUGAUGCUCUUAGUCUUUAUCAUGAGCGUAAUGCAUGGAAACAUAAUAAAAAUACAGUUGGCCUAUCUGAAAGCAACCAUGAAAGUGAUGAAGAAGGUGUGGAAGAAGAGGAUGAGGAAUGGGGUGAAGAAAUUGAUUACAGAGAUAUGAAGCACAAAGGCCAGCAGACAAAUCAAGGUAACCAAUACAAAGGAGAGCAAAAUGCAAACAGUAUGCAAUCUGAUGAAAUCCUGAGAGAUUCCAGUCGACCAAUCCGGAUAACAAAGAGACACGGUGAGAAAUUUGACAUAGAAGAAAAGAAGGAAGACAGGCAAAAGUCACCCUAUAAAGAAGUCCCCGUCUCUCAAAAAAAACAUAACAGAGAUCAGGAUGACAAGUGGCAAAGCCAACAGAGGAAAGACAAUAUUCAAGUAAACUAUCAAAGUGAUCAUGAAACAGAGGAGAAAAGGCAGGAUACGGAGGACAGUAGCGUUGAUGAGGAUGGUCUUGAUAGUGGUGAUGUUGAUGGUGAGGAAGAUCUCAGCAAUACCUGGAAAGAAGCAGCCUAUGAGGAAGAGGAGAGAAUCCAGAGUAAUGAUCAAGAGAGAAUCAGCACCAAGCACAAAGCGGAAGAAACCACUGAAGAUGACACUGCAGUUCAUAGAGAGACCCAGGAUUACCAAGAUGGCAAGAUUAAAGACCUUAUUCACUCCGAACAAGAUGAUUAUGAUCAUGAGCCACCUAAUUCUGAUAGCAAGCAACAAGUGGAAACAAAUAGCUCAGUUCAGAGCAUUAAUUCAAUGGAACGUGAAGAUAAGAUUAAAACUACAGGCAGUUCCUAUGAUAGAUUGGAAAAUGCAAGCAACAGGAUUCCCUCCUUCUUUCUAUGAUUGCUAGACCCAUGUAGGUACUUCCACUGCAAAAGAGGUAAAGUCUGCCAUGUGGACAAACAUGGGAAACCCAGUUGUAUUUGCCAAGAUCCUACUGCUUGCCCUUCCACAAAAGACUAUGAACGUGUUUGUGGUACAGAUAAUAAGACUUAUGAUAGCACAUGUCAACUCUUUGGCACCAAAUGUCAACUUGAAGGGACAAAAAUGGGACACCAGCUGCACCUAGACUAUAUGGGCUCCUGCAAAUACAUCCACACUGUAUGAUAUGAAGUGGAUCAGUUUCCCCUCCGGAUGCGUGACUGGCUCAAGAACAUCCUUGUGCAAUAUUAUGAACGUGAUCUGGAUACUUCCGGAUAUCUAACUAAAAAGCAAAGGGCUAAGGUCAAAAAAAUCUACCAGAACGACAAGCGCCUUGUGGCUGGCGACCACCCAGUUGAGCUGCUCCUGCAUGACUUUGAGAAAAAUUAUCACAUGUAUGUGUAUCCUGUGCAUUGGCAGUUUCAUCAGCUUGAUCAGCACCCUGUUGACAGACUAUUAACACACUCAGAGCUUGCACAUUUGAGAGCCUCCCUUGUUCCCAUGGAAUACUGCAUAACCCGUUUCUUCCAAGAAUGUGAUGGAGACCAAGACAAACUCAUCGUUUUGAAGGAAUGGUGCCACUGCUUUGGAAUUAAAGAAGAAGACAUAAAUGAAAAUCUCCUGUUCUGAGGUUGGCUGAACAGAACCCCAAUGCUGCACUAAAAAACUGGUGAAACACGUGAAACCCAUUUAUUUCUGUAAUUAACAGCUUCAUAGUUUAUAGGACAAAGGCGGCAUAAGGUUAACUGCGCUCUUAUCAAGUAACAUAAUUGCAGGAAAGUUCUACAUCCAUUAAAGCAAAAAAAAAAAACCAACAAAAAACUAUGGUUCAUAGCUAAACAACCAGUGUUUUGCCCUACAUGUAUCCAUGAUCUCUCUGAACUGACAAAUAGUACUAACGUGAUGACUGAGCUGCUCACAAAACUCUUCUUCAUUGAAAUUAUAGGAUGUGGAUUUUACCACACACUGAAGAAAAUUACCUUGAAAUAGGACUUGUUUUCGUUAUUUACUGUAUCGUCAGUUUAACAUUCUGCAUAGAAGCCUCAAAUUAAACAGAACUCUACCUAGAUAUACAGUUUUUGUCAGAACUUUGUCAAAGAAAAGUUAUCAAGGCUCAAUGGAAAUUUCAUUUUGGAUUUAAGAGAGGAGAAAAAACUAAAGUGUAGAUCUUAUACACCAGUCCUUAAACCAUAGUUCAUUGCUUUUCAGCUGUCUCUUCCCCCACCUUUUGAAACGCAAUAGUAAUAAUACAAAUGCCACACAACAGAAUUCCUGUAGACAAACUGGGUGAUGAGCUAAUUGUGUGAGCAUGGUGAGCAUGGAUGCAUGUCAAAAGACUGGUUAGUGACAGGUCCGCCAUCACAAAAAGCAGAGGAUAACACAGCUCCAACAUCUCCUUAUUCUCCUUAGCAGGCACAUUCUUAUUCCCACAGAAGCAUCAACUACUGCUGCCAUUUUUCCUGGGAAAGAAAUGCUAACUAUUUAUUUCACCAUCUCUUAGCUUGUGCUUGCCUGAAGAAAGGCACAAUUUGGGCAUAAAAAAACCCCAAAACAGAACAAUACUAUUUGUGAACCCCAUUAACUUGUGAUGUUAAAACAAGCACUUCACCAAAAACACUCCAAGCAUGUUCAGCUAUAAGCAAGAAACCCCAAGUGCUAUUCCUACAAAGGAAGAUCAGAAAAUACGUUCCUACUGAACCACGCCACCUUACCAAUGGAAAUAAAAUUGGAUUCAGAAAUGCUGGCUUAGUAGCUCAAACAGUGAACGCCUGCUCACCCCACACUAAUUUGCUCUUGAACCAGUGAGGACUGCUAAUCCUACUCCAACUCCAGCAUGAUAUACUGGGAGACGAUGAAUCAUGCUACAAUUAUUUGCAGCACAGGAACUUCUUAUCUAAACAAAAUAUUAUUUCCCACCAAAUUCAGUUUCACUGGCAGUUUCUCUCCUAAGCCUGACUUGUCACCCACAUCACAUUCUGUAACAUCACACAGCAGUGGAUGCAAAUCGGCCUGGAUUGUGUGUACAAAAGCAUAUUCUCUGCGCUAAUUCCAUUUGAAAAAGAUCCUUUCUCUGGGACUUGAAAUGUGUCAGGGAUAAAAUUAUUUUAACAGCAUUUUUUUCUGCCAAACCGCAGCCUAUUGCUUAUUUGCUCUUCCUACAGCCAUGAGUCAGCUGCCUUAAAGCAAUCAGAUACAGCUCACACAAGGACAAGUCACAAGGGACUGACCUGUUCUCCACUAAAGGUAAUAUCCAUUACUCCACUCAAACCAAGUACUAGAAAAAGAUGCAAUGAAAUUUAAUUUAUCAAGGAAAACAGGGAAGAUUUUCCUUUAAACACUCCAAGUUCUGCAGGGCAGAUAACAACCAUCACAAAGAUGAUGACAGCUGUGGAUAUAUGAAGCACUUAAUGUGCUAAGGAUGAUGUUUAAGGAGCAGAUGAUCAUUUCACCUGUUCUGAAAUUCUCAGUGAUGCUGCCACUUCUGCUUUUCUACUGCAAGCCACAGAAACAGAGCAUUUGCUAAUGUCUGCAUAGAUAGACACUACAGUCAGCGCAGAAGAAAAAAUUUCACCUGAGCUCUUGUAGUCUGUGAGAGAGCAAGCUCCGAUGAUAUUUAAUCUACAAAUUAUGAGAACAUUAAGAGUAAGGAUGAUAACUGAAAGCUAGUUUGCCUGUCAGUAUUUUAACUAUCUAGUAUACUAACUGUAUUCUUACUGUUCUAAGUUAACUUAUAAAUAUUUUAAUCUUUAUUAUUUCUUCAUAUUGUGAAGUAGAUAAAGUUAAUGAAAAUUUAUUAACCUUCUGUAGACUUCAUUGCUUUCAUUUAGUUUUAAUGAUCACAACUUAAACAUCUUUUUUGUCAUAAUUAUUUUCCCUGUCUACAAAGGAGACUCAGUGAAAUCACAUUUCUACCAAGACUUGGGCACCCAACUUUGACACACACGCAGACACGCACAUUCUCAUAUAUAGGUGUGAGAACCACAGAGUAUGUACAUGCACACACAGAGGGUACCCUCAUAAAUGCACUCAUUGCUCACACUUAAACCAUAGCAUAAUCUUAUCCACUGUAAUUAUAACGUGAGCAGGACUAAAAUAAUCUGACCUACUUGACCUUCCUUCUGUUUUAGCUAAAACAGCAGCUCACAGAAUCACAGAAUCACAAGGUUGGAAAGGACCCAUUGGAUCAUCGAGUCCAACCAAUCCUCACACUCCCUAAACCAUGUCCCUCAGCACUUCAUCCACCCUUUCCUUAAACACCUCCAGGGAAGGCGACUCGACCACCUCCCUGGGCAGCCUGUUCCAGUACCCAAUGACUCUUUCUGUGAAGAAUUUUUUUCUGAUAUCCAACCUGAACCUCCCCUGACAGAGCUUCAGGCCAUUCCCUCUUGUCCUGUCCUCUGUCACUUGGGAGAAGAGGCCAGCUCCCUCCUCUCCACAACCUCCUUUCAGGUAGUUGUAGAGAGUAAUAAGGUCUCCCCUCAGCCUCCUCUUCUCCAGGCUAAACAACCCCAGCUCUCUCAGCCACUCCUCAUACGACCUGUUCUCCAGCCCCUUCACCAGCUUCGUUGCUCUUCUCUGGACACGCUCCAGAGCCUCAACAUCCUUCUUGUGGUGAGGGGUCCAGAACUGAACACAGUAUUCGAGGUGCGGUCUCACCAGUGCCGAGUACAGAGGGAGAAUCACCUCCCUGGACCUGCUGGUGACCCCAUCUCUGAUACAAGCCAAGAUGCCGUUGGCCUUCUUGGCCACACUGCUGGCUCAUGUUCAGUCGGCUGUCAACCAGCACCCCCAGGUCCUUCUCUUCCAUGCAGCUCUCCAGCCAUUCUUCCCCCAGUCUGUAGCGCUGCAUAGGGUUGUUGUGCCCCAAGUGCAGGACCCGGCAUUUGGCCUUGUUAAACCUCAUGCCAUUGGUCUCGGCCCAGCAGUCCAGCCUGUUCAGAUCCCUUUG